AAGCGGCCGCGGCGGCAGCAGCCUGGACUGAUGAUACCUGCUCUCCAUGUUGCCCCGCAGGCCCCUCCAGCCUGUAUUGAUUCUAGCUGAAGCCUAGAGAAGACGUGUUCAUUGGACUCAGGGACCCCAGAGCCAGGAGAAGAGAGAACCCUGACCCCUAACCACACUGCAUCCAGCCAAUAGGAGCACAGCCACCAUGGCGGAGCUGCAGGAGGUGCAGAUCACCGAGGAGAAGCCGCUGUUGCCGGGGCAGACACCCGAGGUGGCCAAGGAGGCUGAGUUAGCUGCCCGAAUCCUCCUGGACCAGGGACAGACUCACUCUGUGGAGACACCUUAUGGCUCUGUCACUUUCACUGUCUAUGGAACCCCCAAACCCAAACGCCCAGCGAUACUCACCUACCAUGAUGUGGGACUCAACUAUAAAUCUUGCUUCCAGCCACUGUUUCAAUUCGGGGAUAUGCAGGAAAUCAUUCAGAACUUCGUGCGGGUUCAUGUGGAUGCCCCUGGAAUGGAAGAGGGGGCUCCUGUGUUCCCUUUGGGAUACCAGUACCCAUCUCUGGACCAGCUUGCGGACAUGAUCCCUUGCAUCCUGCAGUACUUAAAUUUCUCCACAGUAAUUGGAGUUGGUGUUGGAGCUGGAGCCUAUAUCCUGUCACGAUAUGCUCUUACCCACCCGGAUAUGGUCGAGGGUCUUGUCCUCAUCAACAUUGAUCCCAAUGCCAAGGGUUGGAUGGAUUGGGCAGCCCACAAGCUAACAGGUCUUACCUCUUCCAUUCCGGAGAUGAUCCUUGGACAUCUUUUCAGCCAGGAGGAGCUGUCUGGAAAUUCGGAGUUGAUACAAAAGUACAGAAAUAUCGUCACACACGCACCCAACCUGGAAAACAUUGAACUGUACUGGAACAGCUACAACAACCGCCGAGACCUGAACCUUGAGCGUGGAGGUGCUGUGACCCUCAAGUGCCCUGUGAUGCUGGUGGUAGGAGAUCAAGCACCCCAUGAAGAUGCAGUGGUCAGUAGAGAAUUUUGGGGUGGGCGAGGGAGGGUUGGAGUCCUUGGGUGGUGGUCAGAGGGGUAUCUUGCCAAGAGGCAAGCUCUGUUUGGAACUGGGAGAGCAACCAUGGGGCCUAAGAGGCUGAUUCCUGGCAAGAACGAAAUGGGUAUGGGGCUGAUGGGAAAGGAACUGGGAUCUGGGUCCCUGGGUCCCUUGGAGGGGAGAGGUCACAGGGAGUAUAAUGUCAUUCAUUCAGCCUCCUGCUUACACCAGGUGGAGUGUAACUCAAAGCUGGACCCCACCCAGACCUCUUUUCUCAAGAUGGCCGACUCUGGAGGUCAGCCCCAGCUGACUCAGCCAGGCAAGCUGACCGAGGCCUUCAAGUACUUCCUGCAAGGCAUGGGCUACAUGGCCUCAUCCUGCAUGACUCGCCUGUCACGAUCGCGCACAGCCUCCCUGACCAGUGCAGCGUCCGUUGAUGGCAACCGGUCCCGCUCUCGCACCCUGUCCCAGAGCAGCGAGUCUGGGACUCUCCCUUCAGGGCCCCCGGGGCAUACCAUGGAGGUCUCCUGUUGAAUGACCUUUGUUGCCCUGGUGUAGGACCCAGCCCUCACCUCCCCCAGCACUAACCUGGGAGGUGCAUAGGGCACUGGGCCAGAGUAAGGGAAGAUGGGCAGAUCAUGUGGGGAGAUGACCUUGAUCUUUGAUUGCUACCCUAACCUUGACCUCUAACCUGUGAUUCCCCUCAGAUCCUGGGAGAGAUGUUCUAAUAUCUCUUAGGGACCCAGACCCCUAAAUUAUCCCUCUCCCUCAUUUUGGUGUUAAGGUGGAGAGGGCAUGUGUCCCCGCUCCCUAAUCUAGGUGUCCAUAGAUAAGGGAUAAGAGGUGGUUGUAGUUGCCCCAUGGUGCCUCCAUCAGGCUCUCCCUACUUAUCCCAUUGCAAGGGUAGGGGACUUGGGGCUGGGACUCCAUUCACCAAAGCUGAUAAUGGCUUUUCAUUAACCCUUCAGAUCUCUGAAGAAUAUGGGCCUAAAUGAAUGUGUGUCAGAGGAGGCUUGCUGGUGGGUUAGUGGUCCUCAGGAUGGGGUAGAAACAUCUGGUGUGUGAAAUGGAAGUUGGAAUGGGAAGUGGUGGGCAAUGAACAAGUACGAGGGAAGGAUUGGAGCUGGGGCAAUAGGAAGGGGCCUGGGGCCAUUGGCUGCACUAACUUUGGUAGCUGUCUAGACAGUGUGUCUAGAGUGGGAGGGGGAGGGAGCUAAGCUGGGGCAGGGCUGCUUGGGGCUUGGCAUAGGGGUGGGAAGGGCUAUCUUGGGGCUCUGCCCACACUGUGUUAUGUGUGGAGGGUGCCCUCCUGUGUCCCACAACUUCUGCUGUAACAAUAAACUGUAGAGGAACUGAGCACCAUU